GAUGAUGAGGCCGGUGGGACUCUGGCGCCUUUGGUGGCGGCCUGGGACGUCAGGGAGCGCUGGCUGCAGGAAGGUUGCUUCUGUUGCCCCUCCUCCUGGCAGCACCUUGCCCCGAGCCUUAAAUAUCUUCGACCGUGAUUUGAAGAGGAAACAGAAGAACUGGGCGGCUCGGCAGCCUGAGCCGAUGAAGUUUGACUAUCUGAAGGAGGAGGUUGGAAGUCGGAUUGCAGACCGUGUAUAUGACAUAGCCAGAGAUUUUCCCCUUGCUUUGGAUAUUGGUUCUGGAAGAGGCUACAUAGCACAACAUUUGAAUAAGAAAAAUUCCUUAGAAACAGAUAUUCCUUCCGUCAGUGUUUUAGCUGAUGAAGAAUUCCUUCCCUUCCGAGAAAAUACAUUUGACCUGGUGGUUAGCAGUUUAAGUUUGCACUGGGUGAAUGACCUUCCUCGAGCACUUGAACAGAUUCAUUAUGUUUUAAAACCAGAUGGAGUGUUUGUUGGUGCAAUGUUUGGAGGUGACACUCUCUAUGAACUUCGUUGUUCAUUACAGUUAGCAGAAACAGAAAGGGAAGGAGGAUUUUCUCCACACAUUUCUCCUUUCACUGCUGUCAAUGACCUUGGACAUCUGCUUGGGAAAGCUGGCUUUAAUACACUGACUGUGGACACUGAUGAAAUCCAAGUUAACUAUCCUGGAAUGUUUGAAUUGAUGGAAGAUUUACAAGGUAUGGGUGAGAGUAACUGUUCUUGGAAUAGAAAAGCCCUGCUGCACCGAGACACAAUGCUGGCAGCUGCAGCAGUCUACAGAGAAAUGUACAGAAAUGAGGAUGGUUCAGUACCUGCCACUUACCAGAUUUAUCACAUGAUAGGAUGGAAAUACCAUGAUUCUCAGGCAAGACCAGCUGAAAGAGGCUCUGCAACUGUGUCAUUUGGAGAGCUAGGAAAACUAAACAAUCUCAUGUCACAGGGGAAAAAAUCACAAUAAAUAUUUUAUUCAGUGUUAAUGUAUUCCAGAAUCUUUAUCAGAAAUGGGUAGCUUUCACAUCUAAAAUGAUUACAUUUUAGAGCAAGAAGUAAUCUAUGAGCUAUUUACUUGCAGACUUUUCAAAUAAUCAGAAUAACCUAAUACAGCAUCUAUAUUUAGUAACCAUUUCAGGUUCACAUUGUUCCUAUUUUCAUAAGGAUGCUAUUUAGUGGUUUGAGUGCCUUUUUUUGCAGAUUCAGCCUAAAAGCAAAUAAAAUAUUUUCCUGAAAACUCAAAAAUACAUGUUUCUAAAUAUAAAUGCAUGACUUGAUAGGAAAACAUUGCUCAUACUGACAUUUUGUACCUUUUUC